CAUGGAAGAUUCCGUAUAUGGGAGAUGUAAAUCCCUUAGUUACAGAAUGUUCCUGUUACAGUCAUAUGAAGGGAUGUUUUGGAGAAUCUUGACUAUUCCUCUUAUGUUGUCCUCUAGCCUCAGCCUGCAUCAGACUUAUAUCUGACCAUUUUCUAGACUGCUGAGUUGUCUUUCUUCAUUAUGCCUCGAAUUGGUGUGUAAUAUAAUUUAUCUCAAUGUUAUAAAGCUUUCUGCAGAGCUUGUGACUCUUGUUCUUGCCCUUUACCCAGAGUCACUGAAAUUCCUUUUUCAUACAUUUGAAACUUUAUAUUUUGUGUUGUUUCGGUUGCAUAUAUUGAAUGCAUAUUCACCAUUACCUGUAGCCUUGUCACAAAACCCGAAAGUUUGGAUGAAGUGUUGGAGAUGGCAAAGCUUAUAUCCACAAAAGUUACCCAACAAGCAAACAACAAGCCUGCGUUACGCUUGAAGAUCUUGUUCAAUCUAUACAACCUGUUGGAGAAUCCAUAUGGCAAGUUCUAUGUUUACAUGAAGGCCCUUAAUUUGGCUGUCAAUGGAAAAGUCACUGAUGACAUUAUACCUUCGUUCAAAAAGGUGGAUAGCUUCAUAAAAGAAUGGAAUAUUGGGACCCUGGAUCAGAGAGAGCUCUUCCCCACCAUCUCUAAUAUAUUAAAAGAACACAAGAGCUCUGCAAAGGAUUCAUUUUACUUCCUGACCAAGUACUUGGCAACCUUUUCAGGUGAGGAUGCAUAUACAAUGAGUGAAGCUAAGGAGGAAGCAGUGCGUGCUAUUGUAGAGUUUGUGAAGGCACCGGAGAUGUUUCAGAGUGAUUUGUUCGAAAUGCCUGCUGUGGGGCAGCUGGAUAAGGAUGGCAAAUAUGCAUUGCUAUAUCAGCUGCUGAAGAUCUUUCUCACGCACAGGCUGGGUGCCUACUUAGAUUUCCAUGCAGCAAAUUCUGAUAUACUGAAAAGCUUUGGUCUUGCCCAUGAGGACUGUAUAACAAAGAUGAGGUUGAUGACACUGGCUGAUCUUGGCUCUAACCAUGGCGAGAUUCCAUAUGGUCUCAUCAAAGACACACUUUGGGCUCUUUUCGUCCCCUACUUUUUUGGUUAUACUAUAUUUUCAAACUUUAUUGUUAUUGAGGUGCAAAUUCUUUUCCAGGUCAAUGAUGAUGAGGUGGAAGUGUGGGUAGUGAAGGCAAUCGCUGCAAAACUGCUUAACUGUAAGAUGGACCAGAUGAACCAAGUAGUAAUUGUAAAUCGCUGUACGGAACGUGUGUUUGGGCUGCAUCAAUGGUUUACAGUUCGAUCAAAACUCACAACAUGGAGGGGUAAUGUUGCCAAUGUUAUAAACACCAUCCAAGCAAACAAGGGAACUGAAGAUGCCACACAGGCAGUGCACAGUCUUAUGAUUCGAUGAGAAAAUGGUCGAGGCUAUCGAAUUUUGAUAUCCGCUGUUAACCUUUUUGGGGGGGCAUGGAUGAGUUGUUAACUAUUUGUUGUACUGUAAUUUCUAUUUGUAGCUGUGGAGCUCGUUCUAAUUUUUGCUGAACAGAUGUAUUGUAAUUGAUUUCGUGGCUGUAAAAUUUUUACCAGAAUUUAGCAGCA